AUGAGAGCUUACUGGUUUGAUAACAAGGAGGGCGACCAACGUGAACUCCACGACUCAGGUCGCGACGUUAACCCGGAGUACUUGGAGAAGCUCGGAGUUCUCUAUUACAGAUUCGCAGAUGAGAAAGAUGUCGACAAGCUCGCCUCGGACAGAAGUUACAAGAAUCGCGAUGUGAUUACGGUUUCACCAGAGAAAAUGGGCGAUAUCUAUGAGGAGAAGGUCAAGUCGUUCUUCAAUGAGCAUUUGCAUGAAGAUGAGGAGAUCAGAUAUAUCAGAGAUGGAGCGGGUUUCUUCGAUGUUAGGAGUGAGGGCGAUGAGUGGGUUCGCAUUAGGUUGGAAAAGGACGACUUGAUCAUUCUCCCAGCCGGUAUCUACCAUCGUUUUACCACCGAUGAAAACAACUAUAUCCAAGCAAUGAGAUUGUUCAAGGAGGAACCUAAAUGGACUCCUUUGAACCGUGGUUCAGAGGUCGAUGCCAAUCCAUACCGCAAGGAGUAUCUGCAAACUGUUCCUGCAAUCGCAGGCCAGUAA